AUUUGCAGUUUCUGGCAUCGCUCCUCUUCAGCUUCACGCCAGCUUUAAGUUUAUCAGCUCCUUGGUGAGGCUCCCUUUUAUCCACCCUCCCAAUAGCUUUAUUGGCAUGGUGCCAUGGCAGCUGUGAUCGCAGGUGUUCCUGAAGCAGCUCGAGCUUCUAGGCAGCGGUUUUCCGGCAAGCGGCAAUGUAAAGGUUUAAACAUUGUGUGCGGGAGUCGUUGAAAGUAGAGUGGUCUUCCUUCGAAGGGGGCUUUCAGUGGUUGUGUGCCUGGGAGACCAGAGAAGCAACUUUGUUCUCGGGUUCUGAAGCGCAUUGGGUGGAGAGUAUGGCCAGAGGUCUAAGCCAGCGAACCCUUUGGGGCAGGACCAAGGAGUGGGGGGGUGGGGGGGAGGUUUGGCGCAAAAGGUUAAUCCACUGCAAUUUAGCAGCUCGUCACAUUAUGGGGAAACAUCUACGGGCAGAUGCAUCGAGUAGGCGUGGAAGCACAUUCUUCACAGCUCGCGCAAGUCCUUCCUUGCGCAUGAUGAUGAAGGAGGAGCACCUCCAGCGUCCAUUCCGUUGGCGUUCAGUCCGUCGGAGGUCCGUUCCGGCUGCCAAAUCUACCAAGACUGGACCCGUUGCUUACGGUGGCCCUGCGAACAAGCGACUAGAGGGGGCGACGCGAGCUUGACCAGUUCCGUUCCCGUUGGCGACCCCGUUCCGGUCUGGCCGUAGCAACGGUUCUGAAGUCGGCGGUGGAUGCGAGUCGUAGGGUAAAAAGCGUUGCUUGAAAUCCGUUUUUAGUACCUUGAUGUUCUUAGUCUCAGGUAACAUCAACCAGGAGCCAAGUUGUCUUGUAUGAUUUGUGAAAGUCUUCACGAUUACUGCAAGUCAUUCCGAAUACAGAACCGAACAGAUUGUCUCCGGUUUAGCAGAGCUUCUUUCCCUGGACGACCAAAUGCUUCCUGAUUGCAAGUCUCAACACAUUGGCUCAUCGGUAUGCAUCCUCG